AUGUUUUCCAGUUGUGACUGAGACGCCGCCACGUAGGUCACGUCGCUUCGCUCCGCGUCGGAAACGGUUACUUUUCAAAAAUCACUCCGAUUCCAGCCUUUCCCAGUGUCUUAAACCGCUCGAAAGUGCCUCAUGAUAGAUUUUACUUUUCGCUCGUAGGUAGUUCUAUCCCAUUCGAACCGUUUCGUGGGUUCAAAUUGUGCAGUGUUUAACGACGGAUUCGAAAGUGUUUACACCUCUGCUCUCGCCUGCAUCCUCUCGGAUAAUACCCUCGUGCCAAAAUGUGUUUAUGUCGGCCAAGUACUGUGUUUAGUUCGGCAAAUUAACGAGUGAAUCGUACUAUUUCCAUCGCAGAUUUCCCGAAAUAUCUCGCCGCUUUACCGGGAAUGGUCGGCUGAGUCUGGUGCUUUCUCAGAACCGGCGUGUGAUAGUGCUUUGUUUACAGUUCUCUCCCUGCUUUCAUGCAAGCCUUUUUGAUGUCUAACUUUUGAUCAGUGUGUCCGAGAGUGGCUUUACCUAAAUGAUAACGUUUCCUUAACUCGUGCAUGAUAGUGUGAUAUUCGAAAUCUCGGCCUUAAUUUCGCCUUUUCAUCACUCUCUGGAUCGAAAUUUGUUUGGUGUUUGUGUGAAGUGUAUAAGUCACAGCCUAAAUUUGGAUAUUGGAUUACUAUUUUCGAGUCUCCUAUAAUAAGAUGACUCAGUGGUGCGGGAGCGCAGGUGCACGCUCGGUCCAGCCCCAGCCCUCCUUUUGACGCAACCCGAGAGAGGACCGCUCGUACCUGCUCCACCAUGCUCGCCCCUCAAGCCACCCUCACCUGUUGUCUCCAGCUGUUGCUCACCGCCCUCGCGCACACCGCCGCCUGGGUCCACAACGUCAGCCCCAAAGUCGUCUUCAAGCAUGAUGAGGUGCCCUCGGACAAAUUUCGGAGCAACGCGUCGCUUAUCAAUCAUUUCAAAUUGCUUCAUCACGAAGGCUCCUCCAUCCUCGUCGGUGCAAGGAACGUCGUAUACAAUAUCACUAUAGGCAGCAUGACAGAAAAUUUGAACCAGAGGAUACAAUGGGUUCCCACUGGUGCUCACAGAGAACUCUGUCUGCUGAAAGGAAAAUCUGAGGAUCAAUGCCACAAUUACAUUCGAGUCGGUGCCAAAUUGAGCGAUUCUGAAUUACAAGUGUGCGGAACGAACGCGUACCGGCCAUCAUGCAGAGUUUACAAGCUCAGCGACGUUGGAGUACAACUGAAAGAAAAAGAGAUGGAGGGCCAUGGAAGAUGCCCGUACGACCCCAGCCAUAAUAGUACAUUCCUUUAUCAAGAUGGUCAAUUGUACACCGCCACUGUUGCUGAUUUCUCUGGUGGAGAUCCUCUCAUCUAUAAAGAACCUUUGCGGACGGAGCGUUCUGAUCUCAAGCAAUUGAAUGAACCAAAUUUUGUUAGCUCUGUCGGAUACAAUGAUUUUGUGCUGUUCUUCUUCCGUGAAACUGCCGUGGAACACAUCAACUGCGGCAAGGCAAUAUUCUCCAGAGUUGCUCGAGUAUGUAAGAAAGACAAAGGGGGACCGCAUCUCUUUGGUGACAGAUGGACCACUUUUCUGAAAGCACGCCUUAACUGUUCUGUACCCGGAGACUAUCCAUUUUACUUCGAUGAAAUUCAAGCAACAAGUGACAUUAUCAAAGGAGAAUACAACAGAACAAAAGGUGAAUUAAUUUAUGGAGUUUUCACCACACCACCCAAUGCAAUUGGAGGCUCAGCUGUCUGUGCGUUUAAUUUAACGGAUCUCAUUGCAACUUUUGAUGGCCCAUUCAAAGAGCAAAAAUCAAUGAAUUACAAUUGGCUUCCCGUGGCAGAGUCUGAGGUACCCAAACCUAGGCCAGGCCAAUGUGUAAAUGACAGCCGCACUCUACCUGAUAGCUCUGUCAACUUUAUCAAAUCUCACACUCUGAUGGACAAGCCUGUGUCAAAUCACUUCAGUAUGCCAAUCCUAAUACGCAUAUCUUCGCAAUAUCGCUUUACAGCUAUUGCUGUUGAUCCUCAGGUGGAGACCAAGAAUGGCACCAAGUAUGAUGUAUUAUUUAUUGGCACUGAUGAUGGUAGGAUUCUCAAAGCCAUUAACAUUUUAAUCGGGGAUGAAAUACGCAGUGAAAUAAUCGAAGAAAUUCAGAUAUUAAGUCCCGGAAGACCCAUCACAAAUUUAAAAAUUGUUACUGAUGAGGCUGGUGAACGUAAACUCUUGAUUAUUUCUGAUUGGGUUGUUGAAACCAUAUCAGUCCAUCGGUGUCACGUCAAAGCAUCAUGCUUUGAUUGCAUAAAUCUUCAAGAUCCUUACUGUGGUUGGGAUUACAAGAAAGGCAGAUGUGUACCUAAUAAUCAGUUUACCCUCCAAAAUGUUGAAUAUGGUAUACAUAAAGAUUGCCCGUCACCUGACCGAAUUUCGAACAGAAUUCCAAACAUUCUAUCAAGAUACCCCUCUCAGAAGGAUCUAUCCGAGUCGAAUUCUAUUGAUCCUGCUGAUCCACCCUGCUCCAAAGCUGAGUGUCCAGUCUGUGAUCCAAUCAACUGUCCAAGCGAAAGUGCUGUGCGUCCGGCUCAAGAUAAGAUAGUUAUAUACACUGCAGACACGCUGGGAGUAGCUGUAUUGACCUCUGUGUUAGCAACUUUAGUCGUCGGUUUUGUGGCUGGUUACCUGUGCUCACGCCACUUUCGCCACGACCCCUUCGCAAGCAUGUCGUUACACUCAAAUCAACCGCUCAACAGACUAAAUGAAAGUAGCAAUAUUGUUCUUGCGGAAGGGGGGAAUUCUAACUCAUAUCUGACCAACAAAAAUAAUAUCAACAUGCUCGUGAAUGUCUCCAAUAAUAAAAAUAAUGACAAUAACGAAAAGAAUCUGACCCUAGAAAAUAAUAAAACAUUACAGAAAGUUAAGAAAACAUACAUUUGAAAAACCCUGACCCAAAUGUGGCCUCUUUUUUAAAAAUGUCGAUGCGAUGUGCCUUGUUCCAUCUGUCAGUAACCUUAUUAAUCAUUGUCAAACUUGUUGUUAUGUUACAACCUGCACAAUUCUUUUGCAUCUUGUGCUCUUUUGAUCUCUUUGUGCAUUUGGAAAGGACUGACAGAAAUCUUUAGGAAUAUGUAGGCCAUCAAUUUUCAAUGAUUGAAUACUUUAAUCCACCAGUGAGGAGCUCUUUUUGUGCUUACUCAAUUGAUAUUUGAACCAAUAAGUCGACAAAGUGAAAUACUCAGUGAGAAUUUAUUUUUUUCUGAUAUGAUGACAAUAGAUGGUCUAAAAUCUUGCAAAGAAUUUUAACCUCUAUGGGUAUGUAUCUAUACGGAAGAGUUGGUAGCUCCUCCAGUUGAAUGAUAUCAAGUAACUUUUUUAAAGUGGAUUGAGAAUUGUUGCAUGAUGCUUUUCGAGCUGCUGAAAAAAAUAGCCCUGUUGAAAAGCUUGAACAGAAAUUCUCUCCCCCCCUUUAUUUUGCAACGUGAAACAUGGCGGCCUUUUCUUCGCUAGCUUUUAAAGGAACCUAAUUCUGUCAAUGGGCAGGAACCAGUGCUAUCCCUUACUGACCCCUGUAUACCUUGCGAUUGUGCAACUAUUUGUGUUCUGUAGAUUGAGUUGCUGAUUCAGUCGGGUCGGAAGUCAAUGUGACUGAGACUAGGUAUGGAAUGCUUAAUUUGAGCAUAAGUUUCAAAGCGAAUCAAAAGUUGGUGGUUAUUUUGUCAAAUCAUGCUCUUUUUGACUAACUUAAAAAUUUAGUCAAAAGAACCUGAAAUGAAAUACACAACAGAAAUCCUUUCUUUUUUUUUGCUGCUCAUGUUUUUGUGGAGCUUAGUCUUUGGAGUAAUAAGUCAGCUCUUGAUGGUUAGAAGAACAGUAUAUCUUGUGAAAUAGAUAUUCCUUGUUUAAUAGAAUUUUGUCAAGAAAGUUUCAUUGAAAAUUCGGUAUACUUUGUACCUCUGUUCAUUGUGGAAUGUUCGAGAUUUUAUUUUUUUAUCAACUCUCAAGAAAGGGUGUAUAUUUUGACUAUGCUUUUUCAGAGCUGAUCAAUUGCAAAUUGUUUUCAUUUCGUUGUAAUAUUUUGUAUAAUAGGUCACACUUAUGUGAGCCUCAAAGAUUUUAGCGAAGAGCUAAUGAAAAAAAAGGAUAUGGACUAUCAGGAGUUUGCAUUGAAAUCGCUGCCGCUGAAUUGCAACCUGGUAGAGUUCUCAUUCUGUCAAGAGUAAAAAAUAUGUGUGGCAUUGCGCUCUCUCAGCCAUUGUGCAAUGUUUAGCUUUUCUAGUCCCAGGUUUAAGCAGUAUUAGACAGAGUUUGCUCAAACGAAAUUUGGUGGCUCAGAUCAUCAAGUUUUAUUUUUAAUUUUAUCACUUUUGUAAAUUCUUGUAAAGCUAUGUUUCUUAAAAAUCAAAUUACGAUUACUCAGCAUAGAUAUCAAAGUUUUGUUCGUUACAUUACUUUGAACUUUAAUUAAAGUCCCCUCCCCCUAAUUUUUUUUUUCAUUCUGUUUCCCAAGAAGAGCUGCUUCCAAGUUAUUUAAUCUUACUUUCUGAAGUUCCCACUUUCCCAAUGAAGCAAAGAAAAUCCUUAUUUUAGAGAAUUCAUAAAGCUCUCUAUAGAUUCUUUGGAUCUUUGCCUAAAACUCCCUCUUUUUAUUUAUCAGUAUUUUUUUCCCUGCAAUCGACACUCAAUCAGUCUCCAUAUUCCUUAUUCAGAUGAUUAAUUUUUCUUGCUCUAAUCAGCCGAUAUUUCCACCUUCAGAAGAAUCAGUAAGUACCAAUUUUCUCCUGAAGAAAAGUUUAUGAAGUAGAAGUCAGUUAUACAGCAGGACUGUUUAUCUGAUCCAAAGCCUCUAAAUUUUUCAUUUUCGUAGCAUUAACUUUAAUACCUUACACUUUUUGUCUAUGUGCCUUUAAUCGUAAAUUUGUGACUGACUUUAUUUGUACCAUUUGUAAUUAUAUUACUCUGUAAUUGAUAAGUGACAAAAAACACAUAAGCUUGUUAAUAGUUAACCAAGAUCUAUUUUUUUGUUAUCCUCUGUUUAUAUUGUACAUUUUGUAUUCAUAGAAGAUUUUCAUUUUUUUAUUGUAUUUAUUUUUGUGUAUCUAUGUACAAUUACUUUUUGUAUUUUAACUUGUACAUAAAAAUGUGAUUAAAUUCUGAUCACAACUAAACAUCAGUGAAAAAGUGUAAACCGUCCAUUCUUGUAAUUAGGUUAAGCUCCUAAAUCUUUUGUGUUCCCUCACUGUUCUUUUUUUAUCUCAUCAGUAUUUUCUUUAUCCGUAAAAUUUUAUGGUGAGAAAUAAGUUAAAAUGUGCUUUGAUAGAGGCAAAAAUUUUUUUAGCUGGUGCCAUCAACCCAGUGUAUAUCGUAUGUUGAUAAGCUUAGUAAUCCUCAUGCUCUGGCUUUUGUCACUUACUAAAAGAAAUUUUGGCCCAUCAUGUUUUGCUCCCUCUUUGAUCGUAUCUUAAAGCCUUGUCAUUGUCCAAGUGUUACUUACUUGUCUUAAUAUUCGUGAGCGAGAAAACAUAAUUUGAUUGAUUGCUUGGUGGAGAGCAAUAUUCAACUCAGUUGUUUUUGAACCAGAGCACGUGCUCACAUUUCCAAAAGUUAAUCAGUUUUUUCUCUGGUUCCAUUUUUGCAAAAAUCACAGAAAUUUUCGGACGAUUUUGUCUCUUGAUUCUUUUUUUAUCGAAUCAAAAAUUGCAAAACAUUUUGAAAUCAAGGAAUGGAUCAAUGCCCCUCUGCAAGAAAUGGAUUCAACUAAAUUCUUAAAUCACAAUAAUGCAGUAUAAGUCAUAUUGCCUGAAUAGAGCUACAACUUUUUAUUGUAGCGGGAGGGAGUGAGACACAUCUAGCACUUUUGAAUUGCCACAUUUCAUUCAAGUUUAAGUACAAAAAGGAGGUCUGAUAUUUAAUGGAAUUGGCCUUCUCCAUGCCUUUAUCUUGCAGAUGUCUAAUGAUUGUUAGGGAAAAACAAUAAGGCUCUGAAAACUUUUUCUUCCGGAUUCUCUUUGGGUCCUGAGUAUUGGUUUUUAAAUUUUCCCAACUACAUGUUUGAAAAAUACCAAAAAAUUCAAACAAGUUUCUAUCUUUUAAGAACAAUCAGAAAGUUUCCCUACCAAGUAUUUUUCCUCAAAAGCUUACUAGCUAUUUUAUGAAGAUAUUACAUACUUUCCAGUAACUAUGCCCCUACAAUUUCUUUAUCACCAGAAUUUUUAAGAAAAAGAAGUAAAUAUGUUAGAAAUUGAAAUGAAAUUGGUAGUUCUCCCCCCCCCCCCCAAAAAAAAAAGUUUAUUUGUUAAUUAUUUGUUACACAUUUGAUCUGAAUUGUUAAAAAUCCUAAAAAUUCUAUGAACAUAAAAAUAAGAAGCGCUGAUAGUCUGUGCUUAUGUUGGUUUCCUUUUUAAAUUUUGUGUUUACAUUGUUUUUGUAGUUUUAAGCGAGCUAGACAAUUGUAAAAGUUUUUAUUGUUAAUGAGAUCAACAAUAUCUAUUUUUUUAAAGUUUUAAUGUAUAAUUUUGUAAAAAUCUUUGUAUAGUAGGUGUAGUGUAAGGACUCAGAGUUAAAUUUUCCUCACGUUGUUCGUAAAUCUUCAGACAUUUUUAGUACACAAAGGAGAAAUAUUAAAUAAUUUCACCCCCAUGAAAAUCAAUUUUAUUCAUAAUUUUCUUACUGAAAGCUUUAAAAAACGCAAUUUUUUGUUCUUUGGCCCACAUUGAAUCAAAGGUUGUUGCAGAUAAAGGCGUUACGCAACAUUUUUAAUUUAUUAUGAGAAAGAGUUGAGAAGGUUUCAAAAUUGGUCACAGUCAUUGUGAAAUAGUGAAGGACAGCAAGCCGAACGAGAAGAGCAUAAUAUUUGUUUAUUUCUGGAAGGAACUUUGUAAUAUUUAUCUUUCACAAUUUUGGCUUUAAUGUUUCAAAAAUGUUCCCGAAUGCCUUCAGCUACAUCACCUUUGCAUUCAGUAUUGAGAAAUACAAACCAAUUAUCUUUAAGGGAAGUGUAAUUAAUUCAAGCAUAAUUUUCAAGUCUAAGAAUGACAAAGCAAAAUGUGAACAUCGUAUUUCUGUUCAUAUUUGAGGAGUGUAAAAAAGUAGUUUUUAUUUUCAAUUUCCAUGAUUGCAACGGUUUAUUCCCAUCUUCUGACUGUCUUGCAAUAACUCUCUCAGCGAAGACUUGUAUAAGAUUGGCUUAAUGUAUUUUACUUUUGAACGUAUUUUACUAGCUGUUGAUUUUUAUACUUUUUCACUCAAAAUUAGUAUGGUUUUAUUAUGUUUUCUGUCUUCUUCAUCUACAAUCAAGAGAAAAGAAAAAAAUUGUACGUCUGUGAUUUAAUUUUAGAAAUUUUAUAUUUUCUUUCUCUGUAUCUAAUCCAGUAAUCUUAUGUUGUUAUCAAAACUGUCUUACAAAUUUUGGAUCAAAUAGAAUAGUCCCAUGUACUAAAAUAUGUAUCAUUCAAAUAAUAACUGCGGAUCAAACUACGUUUGCUCCAAUUGACUAAUACGUACCUCAAUGAAAUUGAUUCUUCAGAUUAUGAAUAAAUCUCACUCUGCAAACAUAAUGUAACUCAAAAUAGACUUAUUUGAGCAAGAAGGAUCCUCAAGUAUGUAUAGGGUUACAAAUCAAAUUGUCCUGUUUUGCUGAAUGUGGUUCAGAUGUUUUAGUGAUUAAUGUGGCUUGAAUUCACUCAUAUGGUGAUAGUAGAUGUAAGAAGGGUUCAAUCAACUUCUUCAAUAAGAAAGUGGACCUCCAUCAAGCAUUCGUUAAAUUCAACUAAGCUCACUGAAUGUUUAUUCUUAAAUGGAAAUUUUUCCUGAUUAUCCCAUACUGCCAAUCAAGGAACUCUUGUUUUAGUCAAACGCAGGUCUUUACAAUUUUCUUUCAAAUUCCUGUAAUGAUAUGAAAUUAAAGAAGAUUAUUGUCAAAGUUUCUUCCAGCUUUCAUAAUUGAUUUUUAACACAGAACCUUUCUUGCAUCCUUAGUAUCAUUCUCAUUUGUUAGUUUCAGUAAUCUGUUCCAAGGAUGAGAAGCUUCAAUACAUUGUGCCUUAACUUAAAAGCAAUCCUGACUUUUUCUGCACUAAGUGAACUUGAUGAACAGUUGAACAGUUUCUUUGAUUUGUAAGUCAUUGGUGAUAACAAUUUCAAAACCAGAUGCAUUGGUACAUGAUGACACAUUGUAACGUUAAUACCAAUGUAAUAAUACUCAUGUAAAUGUGUUUUGAUAAAAUAAUUUAUUUAUUUUUAUAAUUAUGUAUUGCGAUUCCAACAAAUAAACUCUGUUCAAAAGAA